AUGCCGAGGAGAGAUUUUAUUGGGGCUCACGAUUCAGUUCUUAAUGUGAUUUCGCUGUCUCCAAACGAUGAUAUUGACACAUUUGUUGAGAUUUGGUACCAAGUCUUCCUCUGGGCUUUGUUUUCUUCACUAUUUGUACACAUUGUAGCAGCUCUGAUUGCCUUCCUCCGAUUGCGGAAACACAGAAUUGGCCGCUGGAUUCCGGUGGCCAUCCUGACGAUGGGUGUACUUUCUCCACUUACAGGGGGCGUCAUCAGUAGUGCUGCAAUAGCUGGUGUAUUCCGUGCGUCUGAUUUUUUAGUGAUGCCCUUCUACGCUUUAGUAUGCGGUGUGGUCCAGACUUUCUUGGUGCUGGUGAUAUCUUACUCUCGAAUCCUGGCAACAUUAUGA